AUGUUCAUCGAGCUGCAGGUGACAAAACACAACACCCACCACACCACUGCCGGUAAGGUGGCUGCGUUUCUGAAUUACAUGACAUGCAACUUCAAGGGCUGGGAGGCGCUGAGGGAAAAGAUGAAGUGGGAGAUCAUUUACAUUCAGCACGCUGAGAGCACGCCAAUGACGGGAAGGCGGGAUUGCCAUAUCACGGAGGGAGAAAAGGAGGUGCCGAGACUUCAUGUUGCCAGCGACUUUUGGGAGAGAAGGGUGGAACAGUACCAGGUGCAGCUUGACGCGGAGCUGGCUUUCCAGCUGGUUGUUGCUGCCAGCAAAGGCCGCUCAGGAUAA